GCUGCACUUUUCAAAGUUCCAAUCUUUGAGUCUUUUGAAAAAAACAUUUGAAAGUGAGACUGGAUCAAAAAGUGGUGACACUAAUAGUGGUUAGCAAAGAAGGAUUUAUAAAAGAUGGUCUUUGUUAAAGGUCAGAUGGUAUCAUACCUAAAAAAUACUUAGGUGGAAAUGUCAAAGGUGUCUCUCUUUCAUUGGAAGCCAGGAAAGCUAAAUACUGUGUAAUGAUAUCCGUGGAGCAAUAUAGAGAUGGACAAGACAAAGGGAAGGUGACAAAAUGGCCUGCCAGUGUUUGAAAGGCAUGAACAUCAAGAAAAUGAUGGUUAAAAACAGCACUAUGAGAUCUAUUAGCAGCUGAAUAUACUGCCAAUUCUCAUGCAAACACUCAGACUGCUUCUGAAUAAUUGCAACCAGUGACUAGCCUCAUCACUGGUUUUCCGGAUCUCAUUCAUUACAACUAGCCUAUGAAGAUCAGUAUUUUCAUCUCCAUUUUACACAGAUAGAAACUCCGGUUGAGAAGCGGGUUUGGCUGUUUCCCAGUCUUGCAACGCUUAGCACUAAUUCAUAAUGAUAAUAAUAGGAUUAUUAUUAAAUGCUUGAUGAGCUCUCUAUGUAUAGAUGCUAAAUUUCUCAUAAAAUUAUCGCAUUUAAACUGCACACCAGUAACCCUAGGAGGCAAUACCAACCAGAAGAUCCAAGGUCAGUGAGGUUAAGCAGGCCACCGAAGGUCACAUGUGUGGUAAGUGGCUAUACCAAAAUGGAAUCAGGCCACUCAGCUGUAUGCAUUGGACCCAGCCAUGGUUCUGCUUUUGUGAUGCUCUUCAUACCUUUAUUGACAGUUGCACCUCUGGAUAAGUGGCAUAGUUCAAAUCUGCAGCCAGAUGUACCUGAACCUCAUUUGGAAACUCUUUCUCUUCACUAUUAUGCCCUACAACUGUUCCUCUGCAGGUUGUUCUAUUAAUUCACAAUCCCACUCAGGACAAACCUCGUAAGUACCCCAAUUUUGACACCAACACUGGAGCAGAUGGCUAUUGACACCUUGGAAUAUGGAAAUUUAUGGUAUAGUGUGUCUUUACUCAAAAUGUCUUAACUAUCAAGAUGAGCAUACCCCUACUCUGGGCUCCCUGUUGAGCAUUAAAUUACUUUUUUAAUUAAAUAAGUUUAAAAAUCAAGUGAAUCUUGUCUAAGAGAAAACUAUUUGUCACCUGAAAAGAGAUUAAAAACUGGAAAAACUAUACCUUGAGAUAAUCUGUUGCCCACUGGCCAUUUUUCUCAGCAGAGCUCAGACAGAAAUACCAAGGAUGUUAAGUAAGAGCUGAAAUAGAAACCUUUAUUCUCACCCUCUAUAAAAUGCCCUCUUAUUCUUUUAUUUUCCAGAAAAUUAUCUACCUUCUGAAGACUACUGUUAGUUAGAAGAGUAUCAUUGUGCAUUUAUUCAUAUGAGAAACUAUGGAAUGCUGAAACUGUACUGAAAAUGUAGUAGCUAUAAAAAGAAAUGGUUAAUUCACUAUCUAAUAAAAAUGAAUUACGCCAUCCCUGACGUUACUAACAGGCCAGUGAAAUCUAGUCCCAUGUAUAAUUUUCUGUCAAUCUGUUUCUCUUCUUUUUCCUCCUCUCUUGAAUUUAUCUAAUCAUAUCCCUGUGUACCUGCUGGCACUGUCCCUGAAGAUGAGCCAGAACACCAAGUUUCACAUGCCUGAAGAUCAGAAGGAAAAAAGGGAAAAUCUACUCAACUCUGAGAGACCUACUAGGGAUUUAACAAAGAUCAGCCUUUCACAAGCAGAGGAUCAAGCUUUGAGUAAAGUCACAGGGUCAUCAAUAAGUAAACUGGUUGAAAAACAUCAAGGAACUAAAAUUCUCUCCAUGAAGUCCAGUGAAAUGAAUUGGCCAUUGGACAUUCGGCCUUUAAAUAAAAGUUUAGUCAAAGACAACAAAUGGAAAAAAACUGAUGAAACCCAAGAGAAACGUAGGUCCUUCCUUCAGGAGUUUUGCAGGAAAUACGGUGCAGUGAGCCAUCGUCAGUCACAUCUGUUUCAUGUGGUUUCCAGGAUCUAUGUAGAAGACAAACACAAAAUCUUAUACUGUGAAGUGCCAAAGGCUGGGUGUUCCAACUGGAAAAGGGUUCUGAUGGUACUAAAUGGGUUGGCUUCCUCUGCAUACAACAUCUCCCACGAUGCUGUCCACUAUGGAAAGCAUUUGAAAAAGCUAGAUAGCUUUGACCUAAAAGAGAUAUACACUCGCUUAAAUACCUACACCAAAGCUGUGUUUGUUCGUGACCCCAUGGAAAGAUUAGUGUCAGCAUUUCGGGACAAAUUCGAACACCCCAAUAGUUACUAUCAUCCAGUAUUUGGAAAAGCAAUUAUAAAGAAAUAUCGGCCAAAUGCCUGUGAAGAAACAUUGAAUAAUGGAUCUGGAGUCAAAUUCAAAGAGUUCAUCCACUAUUUGCUGGAUGCUCACCGACCCGUUGGAAUGGACAUUCACUGGGAAAAGGUCAGCAAACUCUGCUAUCCAUGUUUGAUCAACUAUGAUUUUGUAGGGAAAUUUGAAACUUUGGAAGAAGAUGCCAAUUACUUUCUACAGAUGAUUGGUGCUCCAAAAGAGCUGAAAUUCCCAAAUUUUAAGGAUAGGCACUCUUCUGAUGAAAGAACCAAUGCUCAAGUGGUGAAGCAUUAUUUAAAGGAUCUGAGUAGAACUGAGAAACAGUUAAUCUAUGACUUUUAUUACUUGGACUAUUUGAUGUUUAAUUAUACAACUCCAUUUUUGUAGUCGGCAUUCAUUUUCUAAAACCUGUAUUUACUUAAUAAUGUUGGCCUCAAAUCAGCUACUGUACUUUUCCUAUAAUUCUCUGUAUGGAGGAAAUUUAACUAAGUGCAGCUGUCUUGAUUUAAUGACAAUUUUUACCAAAUACCAUGACUCCAAUUGACACAAAGAUAUAGGAAAAUCACCCAGCUGAUGCAUGUAAACAACUUGAGUUGCUUUAAAUAUCUGGAAAGGAGCUGCUUUGGUAUUAUGGAUCAUAUUGUUGAAACAAUAACCUAGCCAGUUGCUAAAUUAACUAAAAUAGCCUCUUGUAAUCAUAGAAUAAGUGGUCUAAAAGAGCAUGAAUGUGUAUCUAUACUCUGGAAUUAAUUAUCUAAAAUGCAUGAAUAUAUUUUUAGCAGCUUGUGGAAUAUUAAUCAAACCAUUGGACAGUUUUUUUACACCCUGGAAGCCUUUCUAUUGACUAUAAUGAUAAACCAUUUUUAAAUGAUAUUUGGAAUUGGGCAUUUUACAUUAAGUUGGAAGGCAUUGUGUGAUUUACAAUAUGAGAGCAUAGCAGAAAAACAAAAAGAGGCUAUGAUUUUUUUAUACUUAACAGCCAAUAAAAAAUACACAGCAUACUAAGAUCAAAACAACAAAGGCAACCUUUCUCUCUCCCAAAAACUUAAAGGGAUUGAUUCUGUUUUCUUAUGAACCCUCCAUGAAGAGACAAAAUGAGCACAACUACUAAAGGUCUUCAUUUCUGAAGCAAGCAGUUGAGAGGUUUAAGCCUCUAAAUGUGCUCCUAAUUCUGGCUUAAUUGGACAGAGGGGAAAUUGUUCCAGGAUGGAGUAAUCAUCAAAAACCAAAGUUGCCAUUCUGAAUAUAGACCUCUAACAAUAACAAAGUUUUAUAAGAAAAUUCUUUGAAUCAAAGCAUAAUGUGCAUUGCUUUAUAUGUGGAAUAUGCUCUAAGAAUAGCUUUUGUUUGCAGUCUAAUUAUUCAGCUUGGGAAUGACUUUUUAAAAACUAAUAUACCACUUCAAAGAUAGGUUAUGUUCUGGAGAAUAAACAAAACAAGAGCCCCUAGAAAUGUUUUUUAAUAGGCUUAUGCAUAAGCAAAUUAAGGUAUUUUCUUUUUAAGUUUAAAUAUACUAACAAAGUCAAAAAUCAUUGCAUUCAAAUAUUAAAUCAAAGUGUUUGGAAAAUAAGACCAUGUGUCACCCCACGAAAAGACAUAAUGCAUUUUGGAAAUUUUUUCCAAGGGAUCUUAAACUGAAAGACACAUUUAGAUUGGAAAUUUAUUUUAAUUCCUCAACUAUUACCCUAACUUAGUAAACCACAGGUCAAUCAAACCCAGUUUAAAUUCCUUUCUUGAACAUUUUCCUUUUCCUAAGGUACAUAUUAAUAGAUGAAAAUUUUUAUAGUCAUACCUAUUUCACUUUUAUUUUCCAUCUCAUGGCUGAGUAUUCAUGGAUUGUUUCACUCUACACACACUUGCAUGGUCUUGCCUGUGCCUCCUAAGGAGUAAACAGACUGCAAAAAGCUAAGUAAUCACAAGUACUGACCCUUGUAACCAACCUUUUACUGCGUUCCCGCUCCAUUCACUUUUGCUCCUAGACCAUACUCAUAAGUUAUGUUUUACUUUAGAGUAAUCUAAUUUAUAUAAAUAAAUACUUUGCCAUACUAUGUGGAGUGGAAUCCUAGCAACUUAGAGACACUGAGUUUUGGGUUUUUUUGGGGGGGGGGGCGGUACUGGGGAUCGAACUCGGGUCCUUGUGCUUGUGCAGCAGGCAGUGAAACCACUGAGCUAAAUCCCAGCAGUGAGCUUUUUUUAUGGAGAGAGAAUAUAAAAUAUCCCAUGAAACAUGAAAGUUUAUUCCUAAACACAAAGCUGGUUUUAGAUAGAAUCUACUGCAAAAGAUAAAGACAAUUUUAUUGAAAAUAUUCCUAAAAUCACGAAGAAUCAAACAAAGCAUAAACCUUCCUUUCAUACCUUUGGAAAGAAAAAAAUGAAAGCAAAGGUCCUGUGUCUCUUCCUAACAUUUUAAUGCAUUAGGGAGGGUGGGAUGUAGAUAUAUAGAUAUAUAUGACUUUGACAAUGGAAGAGUGAAAGGGAAAGUUAUACUCAGUGCUUCCCCUUAUCUGUGGUUUCACUUUCCACAGUUUCUGUUACCCGUGGUAAACCAUGUCUGAAAAAGACUAAAUGGAAAAAUCUAGAAAUAAACAACUCAUAAUUUUUCAAUUGUA